CGUCACACCCAGCGGAUAUCGAAUGCCAGACCCCACUACAUUAAUGAUUGGAUGGAACGAUGCUGUUGAAUCAUUGCCGGAAUUCUCAGAGAAGGAAAUCUACAAUUAUAUGGUACUUGGCAACCAUAGGACUUCAGACACGAAACCCAUGAUGGCUAAACGACAAAUGAAGGCAGUGGUGUUUUACCAAGAUAGACAUGUUCACGGCGUAGCUCUACACAACAUCCAUCACGACUGUGACCAUAUGUUUGUCAGAUGCCGUGUCAUACCAUCACUACCAACAGCGGAUCCUAAGAAAAGCCCCGAUCACGAAGUUUGGGCAAGUCUCUCAGAAGUAACAGGUCGUGUUCAUUCAGCAAAUUGUACUUGUGCAGCUGGUGCCGGGGAGGCUUGUAAUCAUGUAUCAGCCCUGCUUCAUGCCCUUGCAGACAUUAGUCAGAAGAAAAAGGAUGGUUUGCUUUCAUGCACAUCAGUUGAGUGCAAGUGGAAAAUUCCCAGAAAAAGGAAGUUGGAUCCAAUGAAAUCGGAUGACUUGAACCCGAUGUCAAGUGGCAGGAAGAGUCAACAAAAAGGUACUGGGACUACACAAGGUACUGUCGGAAUACAGAAUAGAACAAUCAACAAAAGAUCAAUUUGUCCCAACAGCAACAUGCCACAACAAUAAAUCUCACAAGAUUUAAUAAGAAGUUAAUUGGUCAUGAAACAAAAAGUAAAUGUGGAUAUGUUGUUAAUACAACUACUGUUACUCAAGCUCCUGAACCUAUGCCAGAACUUCCAAAAAUACCAUGCAUUGAUCGUUGUAUUCCUGACUAUGUUGAUAUUAAAUCGCCAACCUGUCAAACUACCUUUCAAAAUUAUUUUGAUUCCAUGAUAGUGUCAGAAAAGGAUGUGAGGUCAAUAGAGAGAAUGACAAGAGGACAACAUAAAACAAAGUUUUGGAAGGAAGCCAGAUUGGAAAGGAUAACAAGUUCACAGUUUGGCAAAGUAUUUAUCCGACAGACAUCUACAGCUCCAGAUAGACUUGUAUGUGACCUAAUGGGAUAUCGGGGCGAAUUUGGUAACAGACAUACCAGAUGGGGACUUUCACAUGAAUCGGCAGCAAGGCGGCAGUAUAUCAACAAAAUGGCAGCUCUUCAUCCACAGUUGAAAUGUCUCAGUGUGGACUAAUUGUGAAUACAGACUACCCUUACCUUGCAACUAGCCCUGAUGGACUUGUGUCAUGCACAGAUUGUAGUACAUGUAGUAAUCAACAUGGCUUAGUAGAGAUUAAAUGUCCAUCUGUUUUCAGAGAUCUUACACCAGAAGAGGCUGCAUCAAAUACAAAUUUCUUCUGCCAUAUUGUGGACAAUAAUGUGACUCUAAAAGAAAACCAUGCAUACUACUUUCAAGUACAAGGACAGAUGGCCUUGACCAAAAGAACUUGGUGUGAUUUUGUGGUGUGGACUCUCAAAGGGAUAUCUAUUGAAAGGAUUACAUUUGACGAGAACAAGUGGCAUCAGAUGGUCACAAGGCUUCGCAGUUUCUAUCUGUCAGCCAUUAUUCCUGAAAAAUAUACCCUACGUGUCCAGCGAGGUGUUUCACUGUAUUAGAUUGACCGUUGUACUACCAUCUUACCAGUUGUUUUACUCUAUGCUCACUCAGUCAAUUCAAUGUUUCACUCAAUACCAUAUCAUAUCUUUCUUUGAUAGUCAUAGAUACUUACCAUUCAGUGGGUGAAUUGUUACUUAACGCCGCAUCCACGGCGACUGACCAUUCAGAUAGAAUGUCACUUAGACAUAUGAUAUCUUCGUCUCCUUGUAAUUUCUUGAACCAUUCUAUUAAGCCAUAACAUAUCAUAACAUAUUUUCUGUAACGUCUUGAAAUGACAACAUGGACAACAUGAUUAAAGAAAAUCAUCAAGCGUU